GCGAGCUGCGCUGCUCCCCGCGCCGGGGCCGGCGAACCCGCAGCCGGGGCCCCGCAGGUGGCCACCAUUACGUGCAAGUCAUCGGGGGGAGAGGGCGCCCGAAGGGGGCUCUGCUUACAGCUGCCGGAGUCCGGUUCCUCAGCUCCAGUACCCCUCUGGGACAGUUUAGCAAAUGGAAAGCCAGUGGACAAAUGACCGAAGACCAGAAGUUUAUUCUCUGGAGACAUGGGCUCAGAGCGGCACUGAACUUGGGGACACCAGGCCCAGGGCAUGUGGAUCUUAGUUCCCUGACCAAGGCUUGAACUCACAUCCAGCUGCAGUCGAAGUGUGGAGUCUUCACCAGCGGACUGCCAGGGGAGUUCCCACAGUUGACCCCUGAACAAUGCAGUGAGAAGAACUCUGCUCUGAGAGUAAAGAGAUCCGGAUCCUGGCCCUGGCUUUACUGUGUCACGCAGGCUUCUUGUGGAAGUGAGACCAAAUAGCAGGAAGGUAUUGAAGCAACAUGGAUUUGGGAAAGGACCAGUCUCCCUUGAUGCUGCAUCAGACACCUGAUCCUCAUCAAGAAGAGAACCAUGUUCCAGAAGUCAUUGGAACUUGGAGUUUGCGAAACAGAGAGCAACUCAGAAAAAGAAAAGCUGAAGCACAAGAAAAGCAAACCUCACAAUGGCAAUUUGGAGAGAGAAAACACAAGCGGCAAAGAACAGGAAAAAGAAGUGAAAGAGGCAGAAAGAGACAACAAAAUACAGAAAUGAAGGUGGAGCCUUCAUCACAAUUAGAAAAGGAAAUGAUGGAGGGAGCACCAGCACCUACAGAGAAAGAAACUGAACCACCUAGGAGUGUGACUAAAACUCUCCUUCCAGUAGCCUCCCCACAAAGUGUUGUGCCCAAGAAACAUUUUUCUGAAAUAGGUCAAGAAAGCACUAUCCAUCAGGAAAAUUCUUCUGAGUACCAAGAAAGAGCCUUACAAAACCACCCUUCUGAAAUACGCCAAGAUAUGGCUGAAUCUGAAGACCUCUCUCCUAAAAUGUGCCAAGAAGUAGCUAUACUUCAAGACCAUCCUUCCAAACUGUGCCGUGAUAUGGCUCUAUCUGAAGACCUCUCUCCUAAAAUGUGCCAAGAAAGUGCUGCAGCCAAAGCCCUUUCUUCUAAAACAUCUGAAGAUAUAGCUGACCUGGAAGGAUGCCCUCUUGGAACAUACCCCAAACCAGAUGUGUCUAAAGGCUGCACUCUUGAAACAUACCAAAAAACAGCUGAAUCUGAGGAACACAAUUCUGAAACAGGUCAAGGAAUGGCUGAGACCAAAAGCUCUGUUCCUAAAACACAACAAGAAAUACCUGUGCCUAAAGAGCUUUCUACAAAAACAUACCAAGAAACAGUUGAACCCGAACACUUUUCUCAUAAAACAUAUAAAGAAAUUGCUGUGUCUAAAGCCCCCUUUCAUAAAACAAUCCAAGAAACACCUGCUCCUGAAAAAUAUUCACCUGAAAUAUACCAAGAAACAGCUGGGCCUAAAGACUAUGCACCUGAAAUAUACCAAGAAAAACCUGAGCCUGAAGACUGUGCACCUGAAAUAUACCAAGAAACAGCUGGGCCUGAAGCCCACACAUCUGAAAUACACCAAGAAACACCUGGGCCUGAAGACCUCUCUACUAAGACAUACAAAGAUAAGGAUGUGCCUAAAGAAUGCUUUCCAGAACCGUACCAAGAAAUAGGUGGACUCCAAGGCCAGGAUCCUAGAGCACACCAGGAAGAUGCUAAGGAUGUUUGCACUUUAACUCGAGAAAUGAAGGAAAAACCCAAAGAAGAACCAGAGAUACCAGCAAUUCCAGAUGUUUCUCAAGAGAUUCAUCCAGAAAAUGACGUCUAUAGUUAUGUUUUGUUUUAACAAUGUUCAACCAUCAUAGUUGUCCAACAAAAUACACAUCUUAGUACAUUAUAUGUGUGAUUCUCUCAAAAUAUGGUAGAAAUCUCUACAAUAUUCAUUAAUAUUUUGACAGUGUUUUUCCCCCAUGUAUAUACCAUAUCUGAAAGAGAGAACUAAUGUGUUUUUUCAGGCUCUACCACAUAGACAAUCUCCUACCUGUGUUUGUGUGUGUGUGUGUGUGUGUGAGAGUGUGUGUGUGUAUGUAUAUGUAUAUUGGGGAGAGGAUAAUGGUGGAAAGAGACAAUAGUUUUCCUGCCCUUAAGAAUUAAUCAAAUAAAUGUUUGUUCUCAGGGGAAAAUUAAUUAUUGAGCCCUCCCUUUUCCCAUUUUUAAGUCCAAACAAUUAAAAUUUGAGGAAGUAUAUAGUUUUCUUAUAAACUUUGUUCAACUACUCAGGUAACAAUAGCAUCAAAAUCUUAUUCAGGUUUCAGUUGGCUUUUAACAGUUUAACAAUUUUAACAAUUCUUAUUCUGGGACUCUUUCAAAGAUGUUUUGGAGU